AGAAAUCAGUUCGUCCCUCGUGAGCCAGCUUCGCCUCCCAUUCCCCAUUUCACCCGCCGCCGGCGCCAGGCCAACUCCGGUCGAUUCCGCCCACCACUUCGCCGCGCGACCAUCGCCCAGGCCAUCUCCGGUCGAUCCCUGUAGAUCCCAUGGCCUGGAAGCUUGGCUACGCAGCCCCUCCACAAACCCUAGCCGAGGCUCAUCAAGGCUAUGUUUUUCAAUCCAAUUUCGAUUCUUUUCGACGACGGCUGCACAAAUCCUCGCCGGCGCCGUCGUCCAGCUCACCGGAGGAGGAGGGUCUGCCGGUCGCCGCGCGCGUGGCCGACAGCUGCCCAGCGCAGCACCCGAGCCCAGCGCAGCGCCCGCGUCCGCCUCAGGCUUCCUGCGUGCUCCCGGUCGCUGCGGCCCCUCCCCGAUGCUGGUUCUCCAUUCUCGCGCCUGCAGGAGCCCGCGUGAGCGUCCGCUCCUUCCUCUGCUCGAGGUCGCCGCCUCGUCCCCAGGACCGCUCCUCACGAUAGUCCCCAGGCCCGCUCCCCAGGCUCGUCCUCGGCCUCCUCCUGGACGUCUACAUCGCGCGCGAGUGCGCCUCCUCCACAACAGCCUGGGAGCUGCUGCUCCCUGUCCAAUCCUCAGUGGUGCGUUCUUGGCGGCGGGGAGAGACACCACCCAAGCCAUGGGCGGCGGCGGAGAAGAGAAGCCGUUCAAUUUCCUCCAAGUGCGUCCAAAGUUUGCUUGGCAUGGGAGAGCCAUGGAGGGCAUGCUAUUGAACCAGACAGUUGCUGUUGCCGCUCAAAAUCCUCAAGAGGAUGACAAUGGAGAGGGCGUCAUAGCCGGAGGGACCGCCGGCGUCGUGGUGGAGACGGCUCUGUACCCCAUCGACACCAUAAAAACCAGGCUUCAGGUGAAUUACUUCUCUACCCACUUUUUUUAGCCUGAAGAUGUGCAGUCAACUCUUGUAUGGUUAGUUAGAGUUGCUUGUGGUCUCUGAUUUUGCUCGGUUGUAAUGACCAGACUCCCAAGUAGAAUAUGCUGCCAAGUAAGAUUUAAUUUUAUGUUGAAGUGCAAAUUACCCAAGUGUUGCAUGCUGACUUGGUUAGAGAUGCAAAUGUCUGACAGUACCACAAAGUGUAGUAAUUACCUGCAUUGGAUGCCAGGUCUUAACCUGACACAAAUCCAUGUUCUCUAUGAAAUGUCCAUAUGUAAUG